AUGCGCUUUAAUGACGACCGUUGGACCAGAGCCGUGAGCGACUGGGCCCCCCGUGAUAUUAGGCGCACCACAGGAAGACCGCCGACCCGAUGGUCAGAUUUCUUCACGAAGUCCUUCAAAGAAAAAUAUGAUGCUCUUCGUGUCCCAUGCGAAAGGAGGAACCACUGGGCUACUCUGGCACUCGAUCGGGACAAAUGGAAGGAUUACUGGCGCCCGCUCGACCAGUUCGAAGAUCGACGGGAGUCAAGGUGA